AUGCCCCUGGAAGUGAUAGUGGAGCUGCACAUUCGAGCGAUCACCUGCCCAGGUGUGUUUCUUCCAGAGAAGAAAGGACUUUUACUCAGUGUCUGCAUCCUUGAUCAAUAUAGGGAGACAAAAUGCUUUCCUGCUUUGUUCCCCCUUCUGAUUCACGAGGUUAUGAGAUUUGACAAGAUAUUUUUAAAUGCACUCGAUCCAGCUGCUGUAGCGGAGCUUCUAGAAACUUAUACAAUCAGGUUUGAACUAAUACAGCUAAUACCUCCAGAGGGGACAUUGCUGGCCUACUAUGAAGAAAACACACGGGAUUUUCUGUUCCCUGAACCCCGGCUGACCCCUCUAUAUCCUGGGGUAGACCGAGAAGUGCUAAUGAAGACACCUGUAGGCUUCCCAGGUAUCUCUCCAAAAAUAGAGUUUUCUACAAGGACAGCCAUCAAAGAACUCACUUGUCCAUUAAAAAGAUUUUUUGAAAAAAGAUUGCGACAAUCGACGCCUGGUUCUGCUUCAUGUUUUAAACCAGUGCUCAGUCCUCAUCUACAUGACUUAAGAACCACGACGAAGGAGAGUACUUGUGAGAAUCUUAGCAAAAGCUUAAGGUCUCGUUCUCCAUCACCACACAUGAUCCGGCGCCUUUGCCAGGAGGAGCGGCCAACACGGGUGAACUCUGGAUCUCGUGGUUUCAAACCCUCUCAAGAAGCCAAACCUCCAUUUGUAGUUAGACAUGUAGACAGUUCAAAGCCAUUUGGUGAACAAAUUCCUUUAAAACCACACGCUCGAAAGUCCAGGAAAAAAGGUGACUUUACAUGCUUUGAUUUUCCGCUGAAAAGAGCUUCUUCUCUUGACAGUCUUGCAGCUGACAUGAAGACUUUAAGGGAUCAAGAAGAAUGGAGUGCUCGGAGGCGUGAAUUGUUAUCUCCGUAUUCAGAUAGGUUUGGAAAUACCUUGUCUGGUCAUGCUAACCAAGGGGAUUCCAAUUUUCACCGUACAGCUUCAUUUGCUGUCAGUCACCACCGACCACCUAGUCCACAUCUGAAUUAUUGCCUUCACCAAAACAGGUUGUGCUGCAGCCCUCACUUUACUUGGGAGAAGAUUCAUGAUAGAGUACGGGAUCUUCUGACCUCUCGAAAAGCCCGACAACGACUCUACCUGGGAGUAACCGACUCUGAAGUUGAUGAAAUCCUUGGAAGAAGGACCCCCUAUUUGAGGCGCUCCCCACUACAUGAACCUCUCGAGCGCAGAUAUUUCUAA